UUUACCCCUUAUCUUUCCACGUAUUUACGUUAAUACCUACACUCUUCGCUGCCACUUCCUUACCCACCAAGUCACAAGGGUAUAUUCGUCACUUUCCACACGUCUUUGGUCCACACAAACUCGGUAUCUAUAUAUAGUUCCCAAACGGACACGAACACAUCAUCACAACUACUAUCACACCAAACUCAAAAAACACAAACCACAAGAGGAUCAUUUCAUUUUUUAUUGUUUCGUUUUAAUCAUCAUCAUCAGAAGAAAAAUGGUUGCGAUAUCGGAGAUCAAGUCGACGGUGGAUGUCACGGCGGCGAAUUGUUUGAUGCUUUUAUCUAGAGUUGGACAAGAAAACGUUGACGGUGGCGAUCAAAAACGCGUUUUCACAUGUAAAACGUGUUUGAAGCAGUUUCAUUCGUUCCAAGCCUUAGGAGGUCACCGUGCGAGUCACAAGAAGCCUAACAACGACGCUUUGUCGUCUGGAUUGAUGAAGAAGGUGAAAACGUCGUCGCAUCCUUGUCCCAUAUGUGGAGUGGAGUUUCCGAUGGGACAAGCUUUGGGAGGACACAUGAGGAGACACAGGAACGAGAGUGGGGCUGCUGGUGGCGCGUUGGUUACACGCGCUUUGUUGCCGGAGCCCACGGUGACUACGUUGAAGAAAUCUAGCAGUGGGAAGAGAGUGGCUUGUUUGGAUCUGAGUCUAGGGAUGGUGGACAAUUUGAAUCUCAAGUUGGAGCUUGGAAGAACAGUUUAUUGAUUUUAUUUAUUUUCCUUAAAUUUUCUGAAUAUAUUUGUUUCUCUCAUUCUUUGAAUUUUUCUUAAUAUUCUAGAUUAUACAUACAUCCGCAGAUUUAGGAAACUUUCAUAGAGUGUAAUCUUUUCUUUCUGUAAAAAUAUAUUUUACUUGUAGCAUUGGAGAUUUGUUAUGAGAUUAUCUUACUUAGCAUUUAGUGAAUAAUCUAUUAGCCUAUUUUGCCGACGUGAAAAUAC